GGCACGUAGAGCGGAGCUUCCUGGGUUGGAGCCUGACAGUCCAGGCGACAGUUUGGUGUCCUGUCGUCUUUUGCAUCACCCCGAGGGAGUCAAUUUUCAGCCAGAACACAAGAAAUCCUGGCUCAUGGCGUUCAGGAAGGCCCUGAGACGGACGGCGGUGGUAGGAGGCGGGGUGGUGGCUGCGGGCUUCGGCCUGUCACAGUUCUUGGAGUACAGGAGGACCCAGCCCGGAUUGGCUCGAUUGGCUCACGUGGCAGCCGAGGCAGAGCUGAAGGUCCCUUUCGUGGACGAGCUUCCUUCCAGGGAGACCCAGCUUGCAACUCUGCGAGACACUCCAGAGUUUGAUGUUCUGGUUGUAGGAGGGGGGGCCACAGGCGCCGGAUGUGCCUUAGAUGCCGUCACCCGCAACCUCAAAACUGCUCUAGUAGAAAGAAGCGAUUUCUCUUCUGGGACAAGCAGCCGGAGUACAAAGCUCAUCCACGGUGGAGUUCGUUACCUCCAGAAGGCUAUAAUGCAGCUAGACUAUGAACAGUACAUGAUGGUAAAAGAGGCUUUGCACGAGAGAGCCAAUCUGCUGGAGAUUGCCCCUCACCUGUCAGCACCAUUACCCAUAAUGCUUCCUGUUUACAAAUGGUGGCAGUUGCCUUACUACUGGGCAGGAAUAAAGAUGUAUGACUUGGUGGCUGGGAUCUACUGCUUGAAGAGUAGCUACGUCCUGACGAAGUCCAAAGCCUUGGAACAUUUCCCAAUGCUGAAGAAGGACAAGCUGGUAGGGGCCAUCGUAUACUAUGAUGGACAGCAUAACGAUGCCCGAAUGAACCUGGCCAUUGCGCUGUCUGCCGCUCGCCAUGGCGCGGCCGUUGCCAACUACACAGAGGUUGUCCGCCUUCUGAAAACCAAAGAUCAGCAGACUGGCAAGGAGAAAGUGUGCGGCGCCCGCUGCAGGGACAUCAUCACAGGAAAGGAGUUUGACGUGAGGGCCAAAUGUGUGAUCAAUGCCACUGGACCCUUCACUGACUCUCUGAGGCAGAUGGACAAACAGGAGAUCUCCAAUAUCUGCCAGCCAAGUGCGGGGGUCCACAUCGUCAUUCCGGGAUACUACAGCCCUGACAACAUGGGCCUGUUGGAUCCAGCCACGAGCGACGGCCGUGUCAUCUUCUUCCUGCCCUGGGAGAAGAUGACCAUCGCUGGGACCACCGAUUCACCCACCAACGUAACAGCCCACCCCAUUCCAGGGGAAGACGACAUCAACUUCAUCUUGAGGGAAGUUCGCAACUAUCUCAGCCCAGACGUGGAAGUGCGGAGGGGAGACGUGCUGGCAGCUUGGAGCGGCAUCCGCCCCUUGGUGACCGAUCCCAGCUCCAAGGACACCCAGUCAAUCUGCAGGAACCACAUAGUAUCCAUCAGUGACAGUGGGCUGGUCACUAUUGCAGGUGGGAAGUGGACGACCUACCGAUCCAUGGCAGAGGAGACUCUAGAUGAAGCAAUUAAAUCCCACAGCCUCUCAGCUCAACCUUGUAGGACUGUGGGUCUGAUGCUGGAGGGGGCCAAGGGCUGGACCCCAACCCUCUACAUCCGUCUGGUGCAGGACUACGGCCUGGAGAAGGAGGUCGCUCAGCAUCUGGCCUCAACCUACGGCGGGAAAGCGUUCGACGUUGCCAAAAUGGCAAAGGUUACAGGCCAGAGGUGGCCCAUCGUUGGGAAACGUCUGGUGUCCGAGUUCCCCUACAUCGAAGCAGAGGUGCUGUACGCGAUCAAGGAGUACGCCUGCACCGCCAUUGACGUCAUCGCUCGGCGCACAAGGCUGGGCUUCCUGAACGUGCAGGCGGCGGACGAAGCGCUCCCCCGGAUUGUCCACAUCAUGGGCAAAGAGCUGAACUGGAGUCAAGAGAAGAGGACGGAGGAGCUGGAAGCAGCAAAGAAGUUUCUGUACCAUGAGAUGGGCUACAGGUCUCGAUCGGAGCAGCUUACCAAGACAUCAGAGAUCAACCUGGACUACCAGGAAGUUGUCAAGUACAAGAACCGGUUCCAUAAAUUUGACAAAGAGUCCAAAGGCUUCAUCACUACAGUUGAUGUCCAGCGAGUCUUAGGGAGCAUCAAUGUUCACAUCGACGAGAACGCACUCCAUGAAAUCCUUAACGAGGUGGACCUCAAUAAGAACGGACAGGUGGAAAUCGACGAGUUCCUGCAGCUGAUGAGCGCCGUGAAGAAAGGACACGUGUCCGACAGCCGCCUGGCCAUCCUCAUGAAGACGGCCGAGGAGACGCUGGAGCAGAGAGGGCCGGUGACGGUGGACCGUAGCGGCGGUGGAGUCUGAGCCUCAGAGGCUGUAUGCAAAUGGUCGCAUUUGAAUCACAAUAAGGCAAUCAGACUCGCAGCGGGACGAGCUUGACCGAAUCAGGGUGUGAGGGGUUGGGGGGGGUUGGAUCUAAUGAUUGAAGUCAGGGAGAUAAUUCUUGUGCUUCUGAGGGCAUAAAACGUUUCAUCGCAGAUUUCGAAACAAAAAAAACAACCUUUUUGACAUUUUGCCGUUUCCAGAAUCGCUCCAUAUUUUAGCGAUCAGCACUGAUUGUAGAUUAGAAACAUUUCAGAUCAGCUUUCAGGCCUUUUUUUUUAUUUUUGAAGCUGCAACAAUUUCAAUCAAUCCAGAUGUUUCCACCAGGAAAUUAAAAGUUAACCCAACUACACAUGUUUUAUGAUUAAAAGGGGAAAUAUUCACAAUAUUCAAAAGAAAAAACAGACGGAUUUGUUUGGAUGAAUCCUUUGAUGGAUUAAAACUUGUUCUGGAGCUUUUUCUCUCUGCUGCUCUGUUGGAAUUGAUCAGAAACUAACACAUAACAAAUCCUCACUUAUUUUGCCUUUAAUGUAAAUCAUAAGCAAAAUGCUGCAGAUGUUAGGAGGUAAAGACUUUGUAACAAAUGCAGGCUGGGUUUUGGAGGAGAGGAAUUAAGGAUUUUUAGAUUUUCAUUUUUUUUUUAUCAAUAUAAAUAUUAAAGAAACGUUUCAGCCAAAUAUUAUUGUUCUUUAAGGCAAAUAAAGCUUUUACUAGGGUUUUUAGUGUUUAUUCUAUGUUUAACAGAGAAAGAAAACAUGUUUUCUUGAUGAAAAACACAAUUCUUCACCGCCCUCUACAAGAAAUUUGAUAGAUGACUAAAGAAGCUCAAAUUAGAUAAUUUUGUCUCUUUGUUCAAUUUUCUUUUUUUAAACUUCCUUAUCAAAGAAAAUAAAGAUGCUUUCUUGCUUGGAGCUACAGAACAGAGCAGAUAAACAUCCAUCGUUGCGUCGCCGGGUCUUGACCACCGUUUGACCCGGCGUACAAAUUUUGGAAUUUUUUAUUUAUUUUUUUUAAUUCCCAAAACGCAUUUUGGUUUGAACGCAUCUUAAGGCCAAGCCUUAAGCCAGAAAUCCUAACUUUCACAACAGAAUCCUUAUUUUUCCAUAAAUUUGUAAUCUUUUUAAGUUUUUAACAUUUUUAUACGAACAUCGAAUAUUUAAAUAAUAAUCACAGCUGGUAUUUCCCGAUCCUUGCAGUGUUUAGCAUUGCCAUUUGUGUUUAAUGUGGCUCCUACCUGCUAGCAAGUCGCUAAUAAAUAAAUGAUCUUAAACUCUCUUUAAUGAAAAGCUGUUGUUCAAAAAUGACGAGGCUGAGCUUUAUAACUAGAAGCACAUUUAAACUUUAAAAGUUCCUCAAGCACUCCUGAUGCUCUAAUUUACUUUUUGUACCUUUACCUGCUUAUCCUGCCUAGAAGCUGCAGCCACUAAGGAAGUUUACAGGCUUUUCAUAUUUUUCUACUGAUUAUUUAUUCUUUAUUCGCACUACAGCUGCCUGUAGUUCACUGAGAUUAUAUUUAAGUAUAAAAUAUGAGGAAUGGUGGAGGUUUUAUUUUAAAGCAAAACGACUACUUUUAAUAGUGGAAAGUAUGAGCUAAUAUGGGGUUCCAAAAGUGUCAAGAUUUUAUUUAAAAAAAGCAAAACAUAAACUAUCUGAAUGUCAUCAUUAGAAAUAAUAAAUGUGUCUAAAAGGUUUGAAAACAAAUAGUUUUAAUAUAAAACUGAAAUAAACACAUUAAAUGUAAUAUAUGAGUGAACAUAAAGCUCCAUUCAAUGGUUUAAAUAUUUAUUUCAUUAUUUUUAUGGUUCAUUCUAUGCAAAAAUAACUUCCACCGUCAGAUCAACUGCACACAUCUAAGGCUUCACUGGCCCCGCCCGCAAUAUAAAUGUAAACAUUGUUGCACAUCUUUUUACAAUAAAUCAAAUUGAUUUAUAAAUUAGAUAUAAAAUUUUAGUUAAAAAAAAGCAUAUUUUUGUAAUAUAAUAUAUGUAGCUAACAAGUAUACAUUUAAUAUGAAUGUUAUUUUUUAUUGAUUUAUAUUUUCAGUGAAACGUGGCAUGUUUGUACCCCCAUAUGAAUGCCGUUAAUUGUAACCAUAAAUGUUUUUUAUUACUCUUUCUAUUUGCAUGCUUCUGGUCGAGAACAAAGAUUCUGCAUGUUGGCUGACGUCUUACUGCUUAUGCAACUUUUUUGAAGUUGUAAAAAUUGUUUGAUGCUGUGAUGAAUGUAUGCCAUGUGCCUUCACUAAUUUUUAUUUUCCCACAAAGCGCACAAAGUCCAAUGUUUGUAUUUGAUGAUUUGUUAAAUAAAAACAUUUAUGAACCAAA